UUGUUCCUGUGGUUCGUUACGCUCCCCGUAAAGAAUUUCUGCCUUAUUUCCAGUCUGAACUGGGCUAGCUUCAGCCUCCAGCUGCUGGAUCGUGUUAGACCUUUGUCUGCUAGACUGAGGAGCCCACGAUCACACGUCUGUUCCCCAUGGAGCUGAAGCCCCUCAGUGAAUUAUUCGGGGCUCGGAUGCCAGGAUGUCCCCCGAGAAAGUCGCCCUCCUGCUUUUCACUGUGGCCUGGGCGCUGCCUCCUGGAACCUCAGGGCCCUGCCCCGAUGAGAACCGCACGGCGGGGGGGAACCCCACCCUGACCUUGGCCUCCAACUCCCUGGACGACAUCUACCGAGGUUGCGUGAAGGCCAUGAAAUGGUGCCUCCCAUCCCUGCUGGAAGAGGAGCUGGAGGAGAACCAGCUCUUCCGCGAGGCGUGGGACCAAGCCAAGGAGAUGUGGAUGCAGAUGGAGAACCAAACAAUCUUCCCCAAGACGUUGAGGGCCCUCUACAGCGUCGCUGUCUUGGCCUACACUUUGGAAGAGCCGCCACUCUACGAAUCGUUCAACGUGGCAACCAGAACGGCAUGGAAGAGCCCCCAGGCAUAUGCCGGCUUUGCCUUCAAGUCCUUGCAUUUCCUCCUGACCCAGGCGGCCAAGAAGCUAGGAACCAAGGAGCCCAGUUGUGCCAAAGUCUACCGAGGAACCAAGGUGAAGUUCUCCAUCGAGGGUUUGUUCCGCUUCGGCCAGUUCACGUCAACCUCCGAGAAGAGGCAGAAGGCGGAGGAAUUUGGACGCACGACCUUCUUCGUGCUGCUCUCGUGCCAGGGGUUCCCGGUGGGGAAUCUGUCCCGCUUCCCAGGGGAAGAGGAGAUGGUGGUGCCGCCCUACGAGAUGUUCCGGGUCACCGGGGUCAAGGAGACGCCAAGGAAGAAGAUGGUGCACGCCAAGUCGGUGGGCGUCUGCAGCAACCAUAACUGUGCCUACCUGGGAAGAGAAGGGAACAGUACCAUGAGCUGCCCUGAUCACCGAGUGCUGUAUUUGUGAGGUGCUCGCCGCACCGGAGCAAGGAGGGGAAGCAGCAACCCCCUGGGAUGCUUUUAGCCAGGAGCUCUAUCAAGUGUCGUGUGUGUGUGUGUGUGUGUGUGUGUGUGUGUGUGACCAGCGCUGCCCCCUGCUG